CCCAUUUAUAUAACAACUCGAGAGCUACGAAAGUUCGACUUUCCCAGCUAAUAAAACCCUAGACCCCUUCUCUGCCUCAAGAGCAACAAGGAGCCGCAAUGGGUAUCGAUUUGGUCGCCGGUGGAAAGAGCAAGAAGACAAAGCGCACAGCGCCCAAGUCCGAUGAUAUCUACCUCAAGCUCCUCGUGAAGCUGUAUCGGUUUCUUGUAAGGAGGACUGGGAGUAAGUUCAGUGCGGUGAUUUUGAAGAGGCUGUUCAUGAGUAAGGUGAACAAGGCCCCUCUCUCCCUUUCCAGAUUGAUUCGUUACAUGAACGGGAAGGAUGGUAAGAUCGCUGUGGUCGUCGGGACUGUGACAGACGACAUUCGAGUUUAUGAAGUACCUGCUCUGAAAGUGACCGCUCUGAGGUUCACUGAAACCGCCAGAGCUCGGAUUGAGAAGGCUGGUGGAGAGUGCUUGACUUUUGACCAGCUGGCUCUCAGGGCCCCUCUUGGCCAGAACACGGUUCUUCUCAGAGGACCAAAGAAUGCUCGUGAAGCUGUGAAGCACUUUGGACCUGCUCCUGGUGUGCCUCACAGUCACACCAAACCCUAUGUACGAUCAAAGGGUAGGAAAUUUGAGAAGGCUAGAGGCAAAAGGAACAGCAAGGGUUUCCGUGUUUAAGAGUUGCAAAACGAGUCAUCUACCUAUUUUCAGUUGUGUUUUUCUCACUUUGCGUUAUUGUUGGACCUAUUAUGUUAUCAAUAGCUUAUCAUCAUCAAUAUUUCCAUGGUUCCCUAUGACUAUUUUAGCUUUUGAGAGGAAGAUAUUUAGAUUUUUGAAGGAUUAAUGGAUACUUGCAGAAAUGUAUGGUAGAUGUUGAAGAUUUUGUUUAAUUCGAUUUUGGUUUGAUAUUA